CAGCCGUUUGAAUGCUUUGCGGAAACAACCGAUCCGAGCAGCGGACCCAGCCACAAGGCAGCUAGCUAGCUAACGCAACAAAUCCAUGCAUUUCAUACAGAUGGCCCUUUGAGUGGAGGGAUUCGCCAAUUUCGGGGUUACAGUGGCUACACUGUUUUUGGGGGGAGGGACCGUACGUCUAUCGAGCAGCACAGACCCACACGAGGAUGACUUGGAUGCUCGGAGGAGAAAGUUAAGAAAGACCGAGCCGAUCCCUCCGCGAAUGACCCUUUCGCUUGGUUCCCGGUGAGCAGUGAGCGAUGAAAGCCACGGAGAAGACCGUGAUGCGUCUGGUGGCGGUGCAGCACCUCCGUGCCGCCCACGGGAUCAAGACAAAGAACUGGAACAAAAACAAAGCGGCCAGCUGUAAGGCGACAGCCAGCUCCCCGACAAAGGUUUUUGGGGUAUCCCUGGAGAACUUGCCAUAUUACAAUAUGGAAUGUGGGAGCGUGCCGAGCUUCCUGGUGGACGCGUGCAUGAUGCUGCAGGCCUACGUCGACACCGAGGGCCUCUUCAGGAAGUCUGGCUCCGUCGUUCGCCUGAAAGCCCUGCGGGCUAAGCUGGAUGCGGGCGAGGAUUGCCUGUCCACCGCACUUCCCUGCGACGUGGCCGGCCUGGUGAAGCAGUUCUUCAGAGAGCUGCCGGAGCCGGUGCUGCCGACGGAGCUGCAGGACGCCUUCCUGAAGGCCCAGCAGCUCCCCGCCGAGGAGGACAGGACCUCCGCCACCAUGCUGCUCUCCUGCGUUCUACCCGACAGGAACCUGAGCGUCCUGCGCCACUUUUUUGACUUCCUGCAAAAUGUGUCCAAGAGGAGUGCCGAGAACAAGAUGGACAGCAGUAAUUUGUCUGUGAUCUUGGCUCCCAACAUCCUCCACGCUGGAGACGGUACGGAGAAGAUGAACGCCAACACGGAGAAGCGCCUCAAGCUACAGGCCGCCAUCUUGCACUGCUUCAUAGAGAAUGCCCACAACUUUGGCGUCUUGCCCCAGUUCCUCCUCGAGAAAGUUCCAGCCGUGAUGGGCUGCGAAGCCGGGGCCAUGUCCCCCGCCGACGGGCUCGAGGAGCUGGACUUAAACUCCGGGACGAAGAAGAGGCCCAGGCGCAGCUUCGGAGAAAUGGUCAAUGGUGCCCUGAAUAAGAUAAAAGCUAAUAGAACCCCCACAAAUGCCAGCCAGUCAAACAGUCUUGUCUUUUCCUCGGCGACUCCUGUGAUCGCGACGCCGACCUCGAAGCGGAAGCUUCCCUCGGAGUACGGUCCCUCUUUUGGGUUCUCGAACAAGAAGCUCCGAUCCGUCAAAAAGACCCUCGGCAUCGAAUUACUUCCCAGCGCUUUGUUCAGCGGAGCGUCCACUCCCGGAUCAGCUCUGAGCGCUUCGGGGGUCUUGGACUCCUCCCAGACGGCCGCGUCCCCAGCGGCGAAGUCGAGAAGGCAGUCGUCUGUCUCCGCGAGGAGGAAGAGCCGGCGGCUCAGCAGCAGACACGCGGUCACCAGGGUCGAGUCCGGACGAUCCGGAUGCUUUUCUCCGAAAAAAGAAGCACCGCGCAAAUCCCUGCGCUCGCGGUUCAGCCUGGGGAAGAGCAGCAAGGAGGCUGGAUCCGAGUCCAUCGGCUGGCGACUCGCCACUCAGGAGAGCACCACCAGCUUUUGUUUCACCAAAGAGACGGGGUUCAGUCCUUCGGUUCUGCCUCGAAUAGCAGAACCCAAAAGCACCAAGUACAUCAGCAAGUCCGAGGACAACCUGCUGACCCCCCAUUGUGACUCUAGGGCCCGGCGGGCCCCGUGGAGCGGGGCGGCUCCUGCGGGAGGGGCCCCGGCUUUCGGCGGGGGUUCUUUCACGGACACCCCCGCUGCCAACACGCGCUCGUGGAGCAACUACAAGUCCGAGCCAACCGUCGCGGCGUCGAAGCCCCCGGCGCCGGCCGGCGGCCCCGAGACGUUUUGUUGCGCUUCCGGCGGCGGGAGCCCGGGGGGCGAGUCCGGCCCCGCCCUCCUGACCGCAAAGAGGGCCUUCGCCGAGUCCCUGGCUGUCCCACAGGGCCCCCGCGGCGCUCCGGAGGACGCGGCGGGGACCCCCGCAGCCCGGGGUCAGACCCCGGGCUUCUGCCUGGCGGCCGACGAGCAGGACGUCACCUUCGGUCAGAUGGAGCUUGCCGCUCUAUCGCCUCUCCAUAUUGACAGUGUGGUUUUUGAGCCCGGUGCGUACGGGCGCUCUCCCGCCGCCGCCGCCGACUGCAGCCACGACGACUCGGCGGCGGCGGGCGGCGAGACGAACGAGGUGGACUGCAGUCGGCUGAUUGACGCUCUGGACAUCCAGAGCCCGGCUCACUUCCAGCGCGGCGUCUCCCGCGGGCCGCAGUCCACGCCGUGCAAGCUGGGCGCGGACCUCGCCGCGGGGCUCGGCACGCCGCCGAAGAGUGACUGCGAGGACGGCGGGUGCCCCGCGGAGGCCCUGUCCCCCCGCAGCCUGGAGACGGAGAAGCGCCGCGUGGCGGACCACAUCCACCACUUCAACGAGCUCACCCUCCACUCGCCCCCAGGGGCCCUGGCCAAACGCCUCCGGUCGCCGCUCAGGUUCCAGCGCACGCCGGUGCGUCAGACGGUCCGCCGGAUGAACUCGCUCCUGGGGGAGGGCCGCAGGCCGCCCAGGGGCGGAGGAGGCGGCGGCGGGCUGGCCGUGGGCCCCGUGGCGAAGGCGGUGAGCCUGGAGAGCGGCCUCUCGCCGCGGCCCGCCAAGAGGCCGCCCCCGGUGCCGCCCAGAAAGCCGAGCGCCCUGGCCCGCGGGCCCAACGCCGCCGCCGCCGCGCUCGCCGACGUGACCAACAAGGUGCAACCGAAGAGCAAAGCGGACGGACCCGGCGGCGCUCUGUUGGGGGGUCGGAAGCCGGUGGCGGUGCAGCAGGUGGUGGAGAAGGACGUGAGCCAUUACAGAGGUUCCCCCCGAAACCCGCUCCACCAGGUACAGCUGCUGUCCGCCACCAAGCCGGUGGAUUUAUAGCCUCACAUCUUUCUGCCUCCUCCUCCAUCUUUAUGCAUUAUCCAGACUUUCAGGGCUUUUUUUUUUUUUAAUUUUUUUUUUUUUCGCGUCACGUUGGGAUCUUAAUGGGAGAUUUCUGGUAUGAGUUUGUUUUACUCCAGUAAAACCAGUAUAGGAGUUAAAUGUGGAGUAGUGUUUAGACUGUAGUGUGCAAGUCAGAUCAGGUGAAAUGAGAUCGAUGGAAAAUGUUGAAAUCAAGCCUUGCGCUUUUAUUUAUGCCAUUUUUAAAAAGCUAAUCCUUAGUUAGAUGUCCUUUUUUAAAAAAGAAAAAAGUUUACUGAAGUUGAAGCUGUUUCAUAACUACUCAAUAUUUGAAGAAAUAAAUGCACCUUUUCUUAGUGAGGGGAAGAAAAAAAAAAGCCAA